AUGACAGCUGGAAUGGUGAACACAGACGUGAGAGAAGAUGACUUUAGAGAGAGUUUAGAGGUCAAAGGCACAGAAGAGACUGUCCCAGUGCAAAGUGGAGACUUCUCUGACAACUAUCUUACCACUUUUGAGCCAACUCAAACUGCAGACACCACACCUGAUGAUAUGUCAGCCUUGUAUACGGGCCCCCAUGGAGAGACAGUCAUUAACGUCACAGAGAAAGCAUUGCCAGUUCUUCGGCAAGGCCCUUUACUUGUGGUGGAACUUGAAGAUGUAGCUUUCCAACAAUCAGAUGUACAAAAGAGCCAUUCUGGAGAAUCAACUGUGGAGAUGGAUCAGUCAGAUGUUUCAGCACAAAAAUCGGUGGAGAUUGGUGGAGAAAGUAGCUCUGAGGAAGCAGAAACAGAGACCCCAGUAAUAGAGAGAAGGGGUUUGCACAGAAAGGCAAGGGGGAUCAAAGGACCUGCAAAGAGAAGAACCAAAUUAUCAGUUUAGAAUCAUUGAUUGAUUGUUAUUCACACAAUAUUUGUAAAACAGAAUAAUCUAGAAUUUAGUUAUUCGUUAUAGGUCACAGGCAUUUGUAAUUGUACAAUUUUAAAGUUUUCUGGUUGAUGUUAAAUGCUCUUUUUGUUGUUCUUUGAUUUGUGUGUUUCUGUUUCUGUGAGUUUACCCAUAUUCCCAAUCUACCCGUUAU